GGGCGGUCCCGGGGCGCCGUACCUGCAUGGUGGGAAGGCUUGCUCCCGGGACACGCUUGCUCGGGCUGGUCCCGGCUGGCUCGUCUGCCCUGGGGACUCUGGGACUCGAGGGCGGGGCAGGACACCACCCUGCACGCCUGAGGCUCGGGUGCACGGAGCGCGGCAGGUAGAGAGCAUCGUGGAUCCGCCACGCUGGAGUUGGAGCUGGAGUUCCGUGCGGCCGGAGGGCAGCGGCUCCUCCCGGCAGGCCCGGGGGCAGAGAAUGAGUCCGAAGCUGUGGCGUCCGGGCGGAAAGACCGUGCCCAGAACGUGCUGCGCUGGUUCACCACCGUGGUGCUGUGUGCCGCCUUCCUGGGGCUGGGACUGAGUGUUGCUAUCCUGGGACCCACCUUUCCAGAUUUGGCAAGGAAUGUGAACCGAAACAUCAGCAGUCUGUCUUUCAUUUUCGUGGGCCGUGCCUCGGGAUAUCUGUGUGGCUCUAUGAUCGGAGGAGUUCUUUUUGGGUGUAUAAAUCAUUUUUUACUUUUGGGGGUGUCGCUUUCUGCUACCACCGUUGGUCUUUAUCUUACUCCACUCUGCAGGACAGCAGUCUUACUGGUUGUCAUGAUGUCUGUCUUUGGUAUUUCAAUGGGCAUUCUGGAUACAGGUGGGAACGUCCUCAUCUUGGCCCUUUGGGGGGACAAAGGUGCUCCACACAUGCAGGCCUUGCACUUCAGUUUCGCCUUGGGUGCCUUCCUGGCUCCCUUGCUGGCUAAACUGGCCUGGGGUAUGACAGCACCCGCUCAGAACCACACAGAGUCUGGCUUUGUCUCUCUGAUGCUGAACCGAUCCUCUGGAGCCACCUCAGACUCUCUGUUUGCGGUGCCUGAGGACGUGAACCUGCUGUGGACCUACGCUUCCAUCGGCACCUAUGUCUUAGUAGUCUCUGUCUUCCUGUUUGGUCUGUUUUGUAAGAAACACUCAAAGCAGGAAAAAUCCACAGCAUCUGCUCAGGAAGCUCGAAGAGCUAAAUAUCACUGGGCCCUGCUCUGUCUCCUCUUCCUCUUCUUCUUCUUUUACGUCGGAGCCGAGGUGACCUACGGCUCUUAUGUUUUCUCCUUCGCCACCACCCAUGUUGGCAUGGAAGAAAGUGAAGCAGCCGGCUUGAACUCCGUCUUCUGGGGGACCUUUGCAGCCUGCAGGGGCCUGGCCAUCUUCUUUGCGACACUCUUACAGCCUGGAACCAUGAUCGUGUUGUGCAGUGUUGGCAGUCUUGUCUCAUCUUUCUUUCUGGUCCUUUUUGACAAGAGCCCUCUGUGUCUCUGGAUCGCAACGUCUGUGUACGGAGCCUCGAUGGCAGCCACAUUUCCCAGUGGCAUUUCCUGGAUCGAGCAGUACACCACCUUAACUGGGAAAUCCACGGCAUUCUUUGUAGUUGGUGCCGCCCUGGGAGAAAUGGCGAUUCCUGCAGUAAUCGGAAUUCUUCAGGGACACUACCCAGAUCUGCCUGUUGUUCUGUACACGGGGCUGGGGUCAGCUGUCUUCACUGCGGUUUUGUUUCCUGUGAUGUAUAAAUUAGCCACCUUACCUCUGGGUCACCAGCCAAAAGGAAGAAAGAGUGAGGACCAGAGAGCUUUGCUUUCCAGCUCCGAGCUCAAUGACUGUGAAGAGGAGAAUGAGGAGGAAGAUGCAGAAAAAUGGAACGAAAUGGAUUUUGAAGUGGUUGAAAUGAGUGACCCAGUGCAGGGGUCUGGAAGGGACACCUCUAGAGAAGCCCCGACGGAGCCCACCCCUGAGGUCUCCGAUCAGUUCCUCUCAAAUGCAUACUUUUCAGUCAAUAGCAGCAACUCUCUCAGGAAUCACCAGGACAAAAGGGACUGACCGUCAGGAGAUGAACUACUGAAUGACUUCAUUGAGUCAUCAGCCACUCCUGAAGGCACCACUCAGAGCAGGGCUCUGGCAGACUUUGAGCACGCUUUGGCAAUUGGAAUUUGUGGGUGUCUACAGCAAGCGUUGAAACUGAAGUGUUCUAGAAUUCUCAGAGUCUUCUGUAAACUGCCGAUUGUUCUUGUGCCGUGAGUUCUUGUUCUGAGACAGUUUUAGGGUCUCCACCUUUCGGAAGGCAUCUUCAUGUAAAGAGCUGGGUAGUGUGCUGGAAGUCCACACUGUCGACCAGUGGAGCUGCUUGGCUGAGCAAAUGAUCAUAUAUCCGUCUUCGGCCGGGGGCUUGUGGAGUGUAGCCACGUGAAAGAGCCAGCUUUGGAAAUGGAAAGAUGUUUUUCUUAGUUUUCCCCUCUGUGUAGGGUUGUGCUGAAAAAUACUGCCGACUGUUUUCUUCCUUUUGUGAGAACACAGGAGGCCACCAUUUCUAGAUCAAUUUCUAGCUUCCUCCCUGACUUCAUUUGGUCUCCUGUGAUUCUAGAAAUGCAAAUGAGAUUAUUUCCAAAUUGUAGGGUUUGGGUUUGUUUUGUUUCUUGAGUCUUACUUUAUAGUCCAGGCUGGCCUGGAAUUUAUUAAGUAGCCCAGGUUGGCCUCUUGACUCAACAUCGUGUGUCUGUCUCCUAAAUUUUAUGCUAGAGGUGUGUGCCACCAUACGUGGUGGAACGUGUACGUUUUAAAGUUGUAUAAUCUUUUUGCCAAAACAGCCUGUGAACUUCCAAUGUAAGGUAAAGCAGAAGUGAUGGGUAGCCCCCCGAAUGGGCUACAGCUCGUGGAGACCUGCAGUUUAGCGAGCGGCUGAGCCGCACCACUGCAUUCAUUCAUCAUCUACAACACGCCGCCACUGCAUUCGUUCAUCUACAACACGCCGCCAUUGCAUUCGUUCAUAUCUACAACACGCUGCCACUGUAUCCGUUCAUCUACAACACGCUGCCACUGCAUUCAUUCAUAUCUACAACACGCCGCCACUGCAUUCGUUCAUCUACAACACGCCCCUUUCCCUCCUUACACUCAAGGGGGGUCCUUCAGGUAUUCUAGAAAAUUCUAGUCUUGUUUCCACGCUGUAUCCCAGUCACUCUAUCAUGUUUGUGUAGUGCAGCAGUUCACUGCAUCUCAGAGAUUAUGGUAUAUUUUUGCGGACACUUUAAAAGAGAUUGGUUAUUUUUGUAUACGAGUCUGUAUCCUGUUCAGAGAGGAUCUAGAGACAUUCUGUUGAUUGUAUGUAAUGGGUGUUUGCUCUUACCUUUUUUCUAGUGCUUGUGACUGAACACAGGGCCUUGCACUUGCUGAGCAAGUACUCGGCUACUGAACUAAGUUCCCAGUGUCUUAUGUUUCAUGUACAGAAGCUGCUUUAGAGUUACUCCGUCAGCAGUAACAGUGUGGCCGGGUCCUUUGCUGCCCAUAGUCUGCCUCAGUGACAAGCUGGGUCUGGGCCUUGAUGUUUUAGGACAUGACUCUCACUGGGUUGGGGUAUUAACCACAUAUGGACUGUAAGCCAGGCCAAAAGUAUAGUUUACAAACGAGGCACCAUCAUUUUGGUGACUGGAGAACCCCCGUCCAGGACUACUCCUUGAGUUUGAAGUACUUGGAAACCAAAAUAAGGAGGAGGAGGAGAUAGUGUGAUGGCCUAGGAAGUCAGGGAUGAGGGAUGCUACUUCACAGAUGUGACAGAACCAGCCUGGGCCAUCCUUUGCUAAACGACUUAGAACUCUUCUCAAGUUUUAUGCUGAGUGACAUUGAAUGGCUACCGGGCUGCAAUGCAUUUGCCGUCUCUUGCCAGAUUUUAAGAAUUUGCUUUUUGUAAAAGAAAAAAAAAAGUGCUUUGUUUUUUUCUUAAGUGAAAUGUGACACCUUCUUUAAAAAAAUAUUACAUUUUUUUUUUUUU